GAGGAUGGCACCAGUGUCGUCGUGUGAGCUUGUGCGCUUGGUCCAGCUGCGCUUGACUUGUGCCACAGAGGCCGGCGGCUGCACGCGCACUGGUUGACUCUUUGAACGGCAUCGGUGUGAUUGGCUCCAGGGGACGUCUUAGUUGGCGUUAGGUGCGCGCGUUUCUGGACGACAAGUGCCUUGGAAUUGAGAGAGUCGCUCUUCUCUGAGUUCCCUCGGUAAAUGUGACGCUGCAUUCGGACGUCCAGCGUUAGUGUAAGAUGACAGCGAUCCGAGCGCUCGCGUCCGUCCUGCUGCUGGUGCUGAUGCAGUCCGCCGGGGCGCUGUGCGCGCAGAGGUUCCGCGGCGGCCGCAACCCGCAGCCGAGGCGCGCGCCGCACCGGGCGGAGCGCGGCGACGCCACGGAGAGCUUCCCCCUGGAUUUCACCGCCGUGGAGGAGAACAUGGAUAACUUCAUGACGCAGGUCAAGAACCUGGCGCAGUCCCUGUAUCCGUGCUCGGCGCAGAAGCUCGACUACGACAUGAAGCUGAACUUUUUGGAGAACGCGUCCGUCACCUGCAACGACGGAAGUCCGGCGGGGUAUUACCUGAAAGAAUCUCGAGGCAGCAGACGGUGGUUAAUAUUCUUAGAAGGUGGGUGGUACUGCUUCAACAAAGAGAACUGCGACAGCCGAUACGAGACCAUGAGGCGACUGAUGAGCUCCUCCAACUGGCCUCAAACGAAGACAGGCGCGGGGAUCCUGUCGCCGCUGCCCGAGGAGAACCCCCACUGGUGGAACGCCAACAUGGUGUUCGUCCCGUACUGCUCCAGCGACGUGUGGAGCGGCGCCGCGGCCAAGACGGAGCAGAGUGGCUACGCCUUCAUGGGCUCUCUGAUCAUCCAGGAGGUGGUGAAGGACCUGCUCAACAAGGGUCUGGACAACGCUAAGGUCCUGCUGUUGGCAGGAAGCAGCGCGGGGGGUACCGGGGUCCUGCUGAACGUGGACCGGGUGGCGGGCCUGCUGGAGGGACUGGGCCACGCUGCGAUACAGGUGCGCGGCCUGUCGGACUCCGGCUGGUUCCUGGACAACAAGCAGUACCACUGCGCGGACUGCGCGGACGCCGCCGGCUGCUCCCCCACCGAGACCAUAAAGAGAGGCAUCAAGUACUGGGGCGGGCUGGUGCCAGAGAGGUGCAGGCAGACCUACCCGGGCGAGGAGUGGAACUGCUUCUUCGGAUACAGAGUGUUCCCGUCGAUAAAAAGCCCUUUGUUCGUGGUGCAGUGGCUCUUCGACGAGGCCCAGCUGACGGUGGACAACAUCCAGCUGACGGGCCAACCCGUGCAGGAAGGCCAGUGGCGCUACAUCCAGAACCUGGGCAUAGAGCUGAGGAACACGCUCAAAGACGUCCCAGCUAUGUUCGCUCCCGCGUGCCUCUCGCAUGAAGUUAUCACCAGAAACUACUGGACCGACGUGCAGGUGAAGGGCACCUCCCUGCCGCGGGCGCUGCACUGCUGGGACCGGAGCCUCCACGACAGCAGGAGCAACAAGGCGCCGCCCAAGGGCUGCCCCGUGCACCUGGUGGACAGCUGCCCCUGGCCGCACUGCAACCCCACCUGCCCCACCAUCCGCGACCAGUUCACGGGGCAGGAGAUGAACGUGAUCCAGUUCCUCAUGCACAUGGGCUUCGACGUGCAGAAGAUGGCCCAGCAGCAGGGCAUGGACCCCAGCAAGCUACUGAGCAUGCUCAGCAGCGGCAGCUAAAGGGCCGCGCCCCGCGCUCAGUGUCGUUAAGCUAAGCCCAGGCGGGGCUUGCUGCCCCUCCGGCCGCUCUCCCAGGCCCGAUGCCUCCAACUACACACCCACUCACGCAAGCCGGUUUAUGUUCCUCUGCCUUCUGCUUUAGUCCGAACCUCAGACACACAACGGGUCCAACGUUGGCACCACAAUCAGUAAUUGUGACAAGUACAGAGGCAACGAUAUGACAAGGCACCACUCUGCUACUCUGCUAAAUUAUCUUUUGCUUUUUAAAAGAAAAUUAUAUCAUGAAUGUAAUCCAGUUUUAAGGAUGCUCCAUGUUAUGUUGUUCCUCAUCAUCAUUAUCUUCAUCAUGUAGAUGAUAUUUAGCCAUUGUUAUCAAAAAGAACUGAUGUAAGGAUGCUGUUGCGUUUAGAGACUAUGGGGUGAAACAACCCAAAACAAGGGAGGAACAGGGAGAGAUGACGGGCAGGGGGAUGCACUGGAUCAGGAGGACGUCUCAAACAAUGACAGGAUCUCUUCACACACAAAUAUCAGAUUCAAUGCUAAUGGGAGCGACGUCCAGAUGCCGCGUUUGUGGUGGUUGUGGUGCUGAAGGGGACCCACAUUCACAAUUCGGAUCUAUCAGCCGUUACAUCUAGACUUAGGUCACCUGAGUAGUUCAGCGACCCUCAAAUCAAUGCAAAGAACAUUUAAAGGGAGACAACUAUUGUGUAUUAUAUAUAUUUUUGAGUAUUUGUAUAGGGUCUUUUAAAUGUUCACUAACUCCCUUCUUAUAUUUCAUGAUAGAGAUCACUGUUUAAUAUAAUGACAAUGAUGUAUGUAAUGAUGUCUUUAUAAAUGCUGUUUUUAAAGGACCUCUAUUUUGCAUCACACCAGAGAAGAAAAAGUUUUACUAAUUUUAUUAUGUAACAUAUUUUUUAAACAGAAAAAACUCAAGCUACAUUGGUAAUUUACAUAUUUAUUUUGCUAUGUAAAUCAUAUUUAUAAGUGCUAUUUUCACAGGGAAAUGAUUCUUUGUAAAUUGUAAAUACAUUGCUGUUUUUGUUCCUCCGCGUGUUGACUGCAUGUCUUUGUACCGGACCUAAAAGGAGAAAGACACAUUAUACUGUACUACAAGGUG